AAGCCACCAGCCUCUGGUGGCGAGAAGGCUCUCGCUUGGAAUCCUAGCGACUCGGAUUGCUGGGAACCCGGAGAGGUGCUGUAAUUCUUUUCCAACCCAGGUCCAUUGAGGGGGUGUGGGCGGAAAGGAUGAGAAACUCGGUUCCUCUACUCUGCCUCUGGCACGUCUAUUGUUGCUUUGCGGGAAGCACCUCACCCCUUGGUCCAGAGGAGCCGUUGCAAGAAGAACGCAAUAGAUCCAGAGAGGUGCAGGCUGCUUCCAAACCCGCUGUGAGAUUUAACCUCCGCACCUCUCAGGACCCAGAGCAUGAAGGAUGCUACCUCUCCCUUAAGCACGACCAGCCCUUGGAACACUGCGGCUUCAACAUGACAGCUAAAACCUUUUUCAUCAUUCACGGAUGGACGAUGAGUGGCAUGUUUGAAAGUUGGCUGUACAAACUUGUGUCAGCCCUGCAGACGAGAGAGAAAGAUGCCAACGUUGUGGUGGUUGACUGGCUCCCCCUGGCUCACCAGCUUUACAGAGAGGCCGUCAACAACACGCAGGUGGUGGGCCACAGUGUGGCGAGGAUGCUUGACUGGCUGCAGGAGAAGGGUAAUUUUUCUCUCGGAAAUGUUCACUUGAUCGGCUACAGCCUUGGAGCUCACGUGGCUGGGUACGCUGGCAACUUUGUGAAGGGCACGGUGGGCAGAAUAACAGGUUUGGACCCUGCUGGCCCCCUGUUUGAAGGGGCGAACAUUCACAAGAGGCUUUCCCCUGACGAUGCAGACUUUGUGGAUGUCCUCCACACCUACACAUGCUCCCUUGGCUUGAGCAUCGGGAUUCAGAUGCCUGUGGGCCACAUAGACAUCUACCCCAACGGGGGUGACUUCCAGCCGGGCUGUGGGCUGAAUGAUCUCUUUGGGGCCAUUACAGAUGGAACAAUUACUGAGAAGAUGAAGUGUGAACAUGAGCGAGCCAUUCACCUCUUUGUUGACUCCCUGGUGAAUCAGGACAAGCCAAGCUUUGCAUUUCAGUGCACAGACUCGAACCGCUUCAAAAAGGGGAUCUGUCUCAGCUGCCGGAAGAACCGUUGUAACAGCAUUGGCUAUAAUGCUAAGAAGAUGAGCAACAAGAAGAACUGCAAGAUGUACUUAAAAACCCGGGCAGGCAUGCCUUUCAGAGUUUACCACUAUCAAAUGAAAAUCCAUAUCUUCAACUAUAAGAACGUGGCAAAAAUCAAGCCCAGCUUUUAUGUCACCCUCUAUGGCACCAACUCAGAUUCGCAGAUUCUGCCUUUGGAAAUCGUGGAGCAGAUUGGGCUGAAUGCCACCAAUACCUUCCUGGUCUACACCGAGGAGGACCUGGGUGACCUUUUGAAGAUCAAGCUCACCUGGGAGCAGCCAGUCUCUGAGUCCUGGUACGACCUGUUGAAGGAACUUAGCAACUUACUGUCUCAGCCUCUUAACUCCCAGAAGGAGCUGAACAUCAGGCGCAUCCGAGUCAAGUCUGGGGAAACCCAGCAGAAGCUGACGUUUUGUGUCGAAGACCUUGAGCACACCAGCAUAUCCCCUGGCCAAGAGCUCUGGUUUCACAAGUGCCGGGAUGGCUGGAGAACGAAAAAUGAGUCCAGUCCGACCUGGACACUUGCCUGAGGGUGCCUGGCAGCACUUGACUCCUUCCAAGCACAUGGAGAAGACUAUGGCAAGGGCCCACCUGAUGGAAGAACCUUGGCCUUGACCCUGCAGCAAUUGGAAGCAGUGGCGUGCUGGGUCCAGACCUGGGCCUCCCAGGAUGGCUGGGGCUGCUCAAGGGAGGGGACCUUCCCUGGGGUAGUUCCCGCUACUCUAGACUAGUGCUGACUCGAGGGUUACACAGAGGGCUGACGGCCA